AUGGCUGAUUCUGAAGCAUCUGUCAAUCCCAAAGCCUAUCCUCUAGCUGACACGGCUCUAACAGCUAAGAUUUUAAACCUCGUGCAGCAAGCGGCUAACUACAAGCAGUUACGCAAAGGUGCCAAUGAGGCCACCAAGACCCUGAACAGAGGUCUGUCCGAGUUCAUCAUUAUGGCGGCGGACGCCGAACCGCUGGAGAUCGUUCUGCACAUUCCAAUUCUUUGCGAAGAUAAGAACGUGCCUUAUGUGUUCGUUAGAUCCAAACAAGCGUUGGGUCGAGCCUGCGGAGUGUCGCGGCCCAUAGUGGCGUGCUCCAUCACCAUCAAUGAGGGCUCACAGCUCAAGCCGCAGAUACAAAGUAUUCAGCAAGAGAUAGAGAGACUCUUAGUGUGA